CAUACUGUCCUGCUCUUCGAUUUGAACUACUGACCGGCCAAAGUCCUCGCACACCUAUGUCGGGAAGACUUGAAGCUUGAAGUGGCGAGACCCACCGCUCACUGAACGCGACAGACCUCUUCGAUCAAGCACUACCAGGACCAUCCGUCAACGAUCCAGUUUCUGGUCGCGCGACCGGGGUAUCUCAUAAGUACCUACGCCUUUCACCGCAACUGCUCUACUAUCCUCCGUCAUGGCUACGGCCCUCCACUCUAUCUCGUCUGCCAAAUCGCUCACACACCGCGCUCAAAUUGCUGCCAUAAUCUCCUCACUGCGGCCGGCACGCUUCCGCACAGCAGUCUGCGACCUCCUGGCCCACCGCAUCCCUACGCGAUGGUCGCUCUAUCGUGGGCUCCUGCGGGACGCACCGAGCGACGACGUCCGGUCGAGGAUACGGACGCUGUUCCAGAAGCAGAAAGGGCUGAGGAAGGCGAGCACGGUGAGGAUGCUACUGGCACGGUAUCAUAAAUGGCGAGACAUGUUCGCGGCUGCAAAAGCAGGCGACCCGCAUUCACAGGCCAUCGUCGAGCGGUACGCCAGGAUGGUCACCUUCCGCCGCAUCAAAGCACGGAACGAUCAAAUGGCCAAAGAAAUGCUCGCGUGGCGUGACAAGCUCGCGAAGCGGCCCAUCCUCACGGGGGUCUUCUGGCGCCCCACCGUCGUGAACGGCCCGCUCCCGCGGAUGACUCCCCAGCCGCUGCACAUCUCCGCGCUGAUCGCGAAGCGCCGCAAGAAGCGCGAGCAGCGCAUGCUCGAGAUGGUGGCGAACCGGGAGCUCCGGGAGGACCUCGUGCGCGAGGCGAAGUUCGAGAGCGAGCUCGCGCGGCUGGCUAAGCGCGACGGCGCGUCGUUCGAGGGGGUGUUCAAGGACAAGGACGAGCUGUGGGUACAACACCUGCUGGACCGCGACAAAGAGUUAACGGCGACCCUCGCGCGUGACGAGGAGCGCGCGCGGACGCCGUUUCCUCCCAAGCUCGUUGAGCAGAUCAUGGCGGCGCGCCGGGAGAGGAUCGCGAACAAGACGCGGGAGCGGCAGCGCGAACGCGCGGGCGUCGUGCUCAAGCGCACGCUCCGGCGGCGCAGGCAGGGCCCACCCGCGCACAUCCUCGCGCGGAUGAGCGAGAAGGAGAAGCACAUGGACUGGGUGUCGCGGGGCGUGAGCGAGGUGGGGUACGUAGGCAUGGUGAAGAAGAGGCUGGGGUUCAAGCUGAGGGAUCCGGAGGCGUAUAAGGGCGAGUGGGGGAGGCCGGAGGAGAGGGAGAGGUUGGAUCGGGAGGCAGUGGAGAUCGAGGCCGAGGUUGAACGUAGGCGGAGAGAAGACGAUACCCUGAGGUAUUGACUGCGGGUCGAGAUGAUUGCAAUGGCAGAACCAAAAGUAGUGUGAAUUCAUUU